AUGACUAGUAGCACUUCAUCAGAUUCUCAACUCCGCCAUGCAUCGCCGGAAGCUCAAGAGAUUUUCCGGCCAACCACCACCGUAAGUCCACACCAAGAACAUCAGAACCCUAGAAAGAAACGAACAAAGAGGAUCAAACUCAAACCCCAGAACAUGAACGCCAUUGUUGGUGGAAGUUCCGGUGGUCAUUCAAGAAAACCCAAAUACACAAAGAAACCCGACCCGAAUGCUUCUAAAAUCACCCAACCCUGUAGCGAAUGUGGGAGAAUGUUUCCAUCGUUGAAGGCUCUGUUUGGCCACAUGCGUUGCCACCCUGAACGGCCAUGGCGGGGGAUCAAUCCACCACCACCAUCAUCCAAUCUCCACCACACUCCGCCACUCAUGGCGGCAGAUGAUGGUAAUACUAAUACUCUUCCAACCACCACCGAAGACCACUAUCUCGCGUCUUGCUUGUUAAUGCUGUCCAAAGCUCCGGCGACGUCGUUUAAGUGCAAUAGUUACAAAAAGGUGUUUGGGUCCCACCAGGCGUUUGGUGGGCACAGGGCUAGUCAUAAGAACGUGAAGGGCUGUUUUGGAAUAAUGAGAAAUGAAAGGGGUGUGGAGUUCAAAGAAGGAGAGUUGGAGGGCCAUUUUGAUAAUAAAUGA